AUGACGCGUAAACGACGAUCUUCAUAUUCUACAUUGUUAAUUACAUUAUGGCCUCAGAUAGUUGAUGAGAGCGCACCCGAACCAGCUACCUUGCAAAGAAACUGGGGGCAAAUUACAAGUUACCUGGAGUACCUUAUGGUGUUUCCGGAGCUGCGUUCUACAGAAAAUUACGCCAUGAAGAAUCCAGCCAUAACUUCAGAUCUCAGCCAGUUGUCGUUGUGUUUUUUUAUCAAACUUGUUCAAGACCAAGGGCUUCAGAAUGUCGUCAGCUAUGCCAGUGAACGUGGCAACGACAUGAUUCUCGAAAUUCAUCCAACAUUAGGAGUAUUUACUGUUGGCAACAAAAACAUCCAUUUUACCUCGACAAAUCUCUACGAUGAUACCUGGCAACACCUGUGUCUCACCUGGGAAAACACUCAAGGAAUAACGAAACUUUAUAAAGAUGGUCAAUUUACAGAACAGGUAACGAAUGAUGCCAGUAAGAAUUACGUACUUAAGGCUGGCGGCUUCCUGGUGCUUGGACAAGAGCAAGACUCUAUUGGCGGAGGCUUUGAUCGUAAGCAAACCUUUCAUGGCCGAUUGGCAAGUGUCAACAUCUGGGAUAAAGUUCUGUCCGAAGGCGACAUUGCCGCUCAGUACACAAAUUGCAGCAUACCUCAUGGUUCUGUUAUUAACUGGUCUGUAUUCAAAAAUCUUACUCAUGGCAAUGUUACAGUUGAAGAGCCGUGA